AUGCCCCGCUACGAGCUGGCUUUGAUCCUGAAAGCCAUGCAGCGGGCCGCCGCCCCCCGCCCUCCCCGCCCUCCCCGCGCGGCCGGAGGGGGCCGGGGCCGCAGGCUGCGGGCGGCGGGCGUCCGCGCUGAGGGGGCGCGUGGGGCCGGCCGGCCCGGCGAGGCCGCGUGCGCGCGGCCGCGGGAGGGUGUGCCUCGCACGCGGCCGCCGGGCGGUCUGGCUGGCGGGCGGGCGGGCGGGGGACGGGGGGCGGGGCGGCCCGCGGGAGUCCAGUGGAAGGUCCGCGGGAGGACACGCGCCAGCGCCCGACCCCGGCCCGGGUCCCGCGCCCGCCGUCGCGAAGCUGCCUCGUCGCCGGCCCCGCCGCUGCCGCCCGCUCCGGCCCAGCUCCGCCGCCCACCCGCCUCCGCCUCGCCUCCGCCGGCCGCCCCGGAACUGUCCGCGCUCAAUAAAACCUUCUCCAAAGCGUGUUUGUGCGAUUGUCUGGACCACGGUCGCGUAGAACCGGCUCUCACGUCAAAAAAAAAAUCUUUGACUUCUCGUUUUCUGACUUCAGCGACAGCCCUGCUCCGGGUGCCCUUAGCCCAGUUUCAUUCAUCCAAGUUGUGGCCUUUUUUGCGCCUUCCGGAAGAAAUUUGGCUCCCUCUGCUUUUGAUUGCUCUUGAGGUAGAGGAUUUCAGGUUUGGAGGGAUGUUAAGCGAUCCUGCAGUCCGUUCACUCCAGGUAACGCUGUGGCCGAGGACAGGGACCCGCGGCCCGGAGGCAGCUCUUCGUUCUCUGUUCUGGGUCAGGUACUCCUCAAGCCGUCGCCGAAAUCCCCAUUCUUCCGUGAAUUCGCCAGAGACCGCUGCUGCUUUGAAGCGUACACUUGAAACCCUGAUGGACAGAGGGGCUGUGGUGAGGAACUUGGAGAACCUGGGCGAGCGUGCGCUUCCUUAUAGGAUCUCCGCCCACAGUCAGCAGCACACCAGGGGAGGGUAUUUCUUGGUGGAUUUUUAUGCACCGACAACAACUGUUGAAGGCAUAAUGGAGCAUUUGUCUCGAGACAUUGAUGUGAUUAGACCAAAUAUUGUAAAACACCCUCUGACCCAGGAAGUGAAAGAGUGUGAAGGGAUCGUCCCAGUCCCACUUGAAGAAAAGCUGUAUUCCACCAAGAAGAGGAAGUGAGAAGAUUCACCAGAUUUUCGCCUUCAGUUUAAUUCUCUCACUUUUGAGCACCAUGGAUUAAUAACUGACCAGCCUGAUCUUUAUGUGAGAGGGUGCUUUCAGUGCCCUUUGAUUUUUCUAAGGUACUUUUAGUUCUUGAUCCCCUUUGCUGUGAAAAGUCGGGGAAUGGCCUCCUUAGAGCCACAUUGUAAUAUAUGGCAUCAGCGCUCCCUGCUCGAUUGCGUUACACGAAUGUAAUUUGUCAGUGAGGACUUUGCCCUACAGCAGCACUAACACUGCUUUGAAGAGCAAAGAUUAUAAAAACCACUUUGGAUUACAUGCGAGUCAUUCAGACUGUAUACCACCAUGCAAAAUAAAAAUUUAAGACCAUCGUA